UGCGACAGCGAGAGUGACAUCGAUGACAAGGCAUCUGAUAUAGGAUCAGAGAAGCUUUUCUCGCCUACUGCACCUAAAGUGACACCAACGAAUGAGAAUCUCGGGUCCAAAACUUCCAGCUCGACCAAAGUGUCUGGCCUUCAGCGUAGCCAGGAACAGAGUAACGACGUUUCGUUUGUCCCGCCGAUCUCAAGUCCGACUCCAGCGUCGCCCCCUACGGGGUCUCCUGCCCCUGCUGCGGCGGCAGCGCCCGCGCCUAGACCGCACCCGCUCUCCACGAACCCUCUCGCUAUCAAGAAGGAAUCUGUGCCCCCUAACCCCACCCCGUCCCUCCUGAGGAACCAAUCACAUUCACUGGAGCACAGAGUCCCGCCCCCAUUGCACCACAGCCAGCCAGUCAUCAGUCACCGUCAUCAUCCUUCGCCAUACAGCAGUCUUCACGACAUCAGCAACAACCCUUCCACGCUUCCUCCAAAAUACCACCUGCCUCACUCCCCUCAUCACCUCAGCGGCCUCCCGUCUCCUGCUCCUCCUCUUCCUCUCUCCAUAGCCGGUCUGCCCUCCUCCCACUACUCCCUUCACUCGCCCUCUCACCUCUCCAGCCAUCCGGCCAUGUUCGCCAACCCUGCUACACUGCCUCCUCCACCCACCUUACCGACCAACAGCCUGGUGGUGCCAGGACACCCUGCCGGACCACCCUAUCCAGAUGUUUCAAGAGUGAGGAGAAAUGGGGCACGCAUCAGAGAGCAUGAUCUUCUGCGGCAGGAGCUGAACAACCGCUUCCUGGUUCAGAGCUCGGAGCGAGGUCGGGGGGCGGCGCCGGGGGCCACAGGGUCGCCGUUGGCCCCUGUGUCGCUCCUCCGAGCCGAGUUUCACCAACAUCAGCAUAUGCACCAGCACCAACACAUGCAUCAGCACACCUUCACGCCCUUCCCUGCCAGUCUGCCCCCGGCAGCCAUCAUUGGGCCGCCCACUGCACCUCCCAUGUUCGACAAGUACGCCCCAAAGCUGGACAAUCCUUUCUUGAGACAUUCAAAUUUCUUUCCCUCCUAUCCACCAACAAUGCCAGGCAUGCCUCCAUUGCUUCCACAUUCAGGGCCCUUCAGUUCACUGCAAGGAGCCUUCCAGCCAAAGGUUAGACCUCAAAACUACGCAUUCACAUCAUGUGGGAAGUUCCCGUUGUAUUCAAUAGGAUCGGGACAUCCAGCUGCUUCACCCUAUGGACCGUCUCCUCACCACGCUGGCUUCCUGCCUCCUAGCCAUUUGGCAGAUCCAUUCAGUCGCUCCAGUACCUUUGGCGGCCUCAGCAACCUUUCAAGCAGUGCCUUCGGUGGAUUAGGCAACCCAACCCUCGGGGCCAACAGUGUAUUUGGACCCAAAGAGGGUCCAGGGCUGCCUGGUCUCAGUAGUCCUCAUCAUGACACCUGGAAUCGGCUGCACCGAACACCACCCUCCUUCCCAACCCCUCCACAGUGGCCCAAAUCCGCAGAUGCAGAAAGAAGCAGCUCUGCAAACAGCCAUGACAGAGAGCGGGAGCGGGAGAAAGAAAAAGAACGAGAAAGAGACAAAAGGGACUCUUCUAUUGGGAAGGAAGAGAAGGAUAAAGACAGAGACUCUUUAGAUCGUAAUCGUCAUUCGAACCGCUCUUCUCCAGCUUCCGCUCCCGUUAGCUACCAGAUCAGCAGCCUGAUCCGCUCCAACAGCCAGAACUCGAACGACUCCGGCAGACACCGCAGCGGUAGUGCCGACCGCAACCGUGAGCCAGAGAAAGAGUUGCUGGACCGCCAGCGAGAGCCAGGCAUUUUGGGAGACAUAAAGGUGAAGGAAAGUCGUUCUCCAGGAAAGGAAAUCACAGACAGACGUUCCUCAGAUGACUCUCUUAAAUCCGUCCACCGAUCAACCUCUCCGUACUCGAAAAAUGUCCUUAACGAUGCAGGAAUCAAGAUGGGUAUCCCACAACCGCCACCUAUGAAAGAAAGUGAGAGGGAUAGGAAGGAGACCGGCUCAGGGGAUCUGCUACAGAAGGUGAAGAAUGACAUGAAGAUCAAGGAGGAACGCAAGGAAGAGCAAGACGUGAUGGUGGUUGGAUCCGAAGCUGCCACUAAACCUCAAGUCCCUCCUCCGCCUCACCAAACCACACCAAUUGCUCACCACCCUGCGCUAUCCCAUCAGCCUCCUCCGCAGUCUCCUCGCUGUAGUGACCCUCCAACACCGUCCUCACUUCACGGCGUCCCCAUGCCACACUCGUUGCCGCUCACUCUGAGUGCCAUGCAUCAAAUGGGAAGUCUGAAUGCACUUGAACGCACCCGCAUGGCACCUUUUAUGGGAGUCAGCCCUCUCGCAGCAGGUCGAGACCGCCUUCCUCAUCCGGCGUAUUGCUGGGAUCCCCUACGAGAGGCUUACAGAAACCUUGACCUUCAACGGCGUAUGGACUUCCAGCUGCGUUCUGAGCCCGGACACCGCUUCCCUGGUGUCUACGAUCCAGAACGGCUCUAUCGGGAUCGGGAGCCACAUGACUACUCCCACCACGAACACCUCCUUGAAUUUCGGCGGGAACAGGAGAGACUGAGGCAACAGGCUGAGGAAAGGGAACGGUUGCAUUUAAGGGAGGAAAUAGAUCGGGCAAGGCUCCACCAGCUUCACCAAUCACCCAUCGAAGGACACUUACCCCACAUGCCGCCAUUUAUGUCGCACCUUGGUGGGAUGCCGUACCCAAGGCUUAGCCCUUCAACAGGACAUAACGGACUUCUUAACCGGACACCCCCAACUGCAGCACUAAGUGCCCCUCCUCCUCUGGUACCCUCUGGUGCUGCCAGACCAGCGUCCCCAAGACGGACUACGCCAAUCACCACCCAGGACCCUCGGGAGUACUCACCGUCACGCAACCCCAAAGAAGUGGAGGCACGGUAACAUACAGAAAGAAGAAUGCCUCAUUUGAGUUGGACACUGGCAACAUGCACUUAUUUUCACACAAAGUAGAGUAAUUGAUAAAUAGAUAUGUGUAAUUUGUACAAAUGUUUGUACCUUGGAACAAGCACAUCAACAGUUUUUUUUUAAUUGAUUGGAGUUGGGGAAAAGAGUUGGUAGCUACAACUCGUGGUAGCGUAAGACGUAAAAGUGAACUACCAACCGGAAAUGUGAUAUUAAUAUAUUAAUCCGAUGCCUUUUCAGUUUUCAUGUGAAAAGACAUUCUGAAAUUUGUUUGUACAUUUCCUAUCCCUCAUGUACAGACUUUUUUUUAUGUAUUUGCAUUGUUUCAUUCGUUCCCUGCCCUGUAUUUAUCCUAGUGAGCUGCUGGAUAUGGAUGUCUACAUAUCUGAAUUGGUAUGAUCUCAGCUGAUUUGCUCUAUGGUACCUGGAAAUAUUCAGCGGUGGCCAUGUACAAAGUUACAUUUUGGAGAGGGUUUUGUUUGUUUGCUUGAUUUUCUUUUUGAGAUAUGCAGACAAAUAUGUAUUACGAUAUUCUUGUUUGGUUUAUGUAAAAUUUAAAGAUAUUGUAAAUAUCUUGUUGAUAUUACUUGGAACGAAAUGACAUCGUACAUUUGUUAGGCUUUUCAAAUGUUUCUAAAAAACAAUGAAAUGAAACAGAACCACUUCCAGGUUGAAAACCGUGGUGACGGAGUUGUCCAAUCAGAGAGGAGGACUCGAAUGGGGGUGCUGUCAUGGCGGUGCAAUCUAUGCAAAGAUGAUUAAGAGUGUUCUGAUUGGACGGUUAUAAAAUGGAGUUCUAAAGUGGGAGCCUGGAUAACUGUUAUUCAUUUGUCUAAUGAAGAGCCAAUGAAACAAACAGCUAUAAACUUCCGGGUCAUAAAGGAACUGCUUUAGCAGUGAACACUUCUCCAGCCACAAAACCUGGACAUCUGAGAAACAUAUUGGAAUGGUUGGGGUGGCAAUAGACUCUUUCUGUCGACCUUGUGGUGUUGUGCAGUUGUUUUUCUUAGACUCUUGUAUACAAAACAAGUAGAGCUUUAGGCGUGAAAAAAAUGAAAAUGAACAUUCAUGGUUUAAAAAUGUAUGGAAUAAAGG